GCUUUGGAAGGGCCCUAUGGUCUUUCUUUAAAAAAUUUUAUGUAUAUGAGUGCUCUAUCUGCAUGCGCACCUUCAUGUUGGAUGAGGGCAUUAAAUCUUACUAUAAAUGGUCGUGAGCCACCAUGUGGUUGCUUGGAAUUGAACUCAAGACCUCUGGAAGAGCAGCCAGUGCUCAUAGUCACCAAGUCAUCUCUCCAGCCUCACUAGAAGCGAGAAGCUGUGCUCAUAGCAUGAACGGAAACCUGUGUGUAUGCAGUAGAUCAGCAACGUCUUGUUUUUCAUUUUACCACCCAUCUGCAUGUGCCUGUUCCGCCAGUAUGCGACGUGCUUCAACAGCGGCAUCUACUUAAUAUGGACUCUCCUAGUUGUAGUGGGAAUUGGAUCUGUCUACUUCCAUGCAACUCUCAGUUUCCUGGGUCAGAUGCUCGAUGAACUUGCCAUCCUUUGGGUUCUGAUGUGUGCUUUGGCCAUGUGGUUUCCCAAGAGGUAUUUACCAAAGAUCUUUCGGAAUGACAGGGGCAGGUUCAAGGCAGCCGUGUGUGUCCUGUCUGUAGUUGCAACAUGCCUGGCAUUCGUCAAGCCUGCCAUCAACAAUAUCUCUCUGAUGACUCUAGGGAUCCCAUGCACUGCCCUGCUCAUUACGGAACUGAAGAGGUGUGACAAUGUCCGUGUGUUUAAGCUGGGCCUCUUCUCUGGCCUCUGGUGGGCCCUCGCCCUCUUCUGCUGGAUCAGUGACCGAGUCUUCUGUGAGCUGCUAUCCUCUGUGCACUUCCCGUACCUGCACUGCGUGUGGCAUAUUUUCAUCUGUCUUGCCGCCUACCUGGGCUGCGUGUGCUUCGCCUACUUCGAUGCUGCCUCAGAGAUACCCGAGCAAGGUCCAGUCAUCAGAUUCUGGCCUAGUGAGAAAUGGGCCUUUAUCGGUAUCCCUUACGUGUCCCUCCUGUGUGCCCACAAGAAAUCGCCUGUCAAGAUCACAUGAUGGCAAGGCAGUGGCCGGCUUCUCGACUUAUUUCUCUUCGUGCACUGGGAUUUAUUUGCUGGCAAAACUAGCCACGGGGGUUGAAGAAUCGGUGUGGGUGUAUCUGUUUAAAAUUCUCUUCCUCUGGACCACUGUGCCUGGGGAGGAGGUCCAUCUUUUCCCUAGAUGGGGGAUGCAGGGCUCAGGGAAAGUAGGUGUGUCUUAUUCAGCAUCCUUUCUAGGCACGUGGGCUUGCUGGCUUGUCCAUUUUGGCAGUGGCAGAGCAGUUCUUUGGGAGACCCAGGGCAACUUCUUGCUGGACAAGGUGGCUUGCUUGUGAGUACACAGGAGUCAGCUUCUCUGAUAUACAAGAUUUUCGGGUUUUGUGAUGGAAGGUGCCGGAGCUUUUCACUGGCAGGGGAGAAAUUGUCCUUCAACAAAACCAAGAGGACAGAACACACAGGGGGCCUGUGACUGAGGGGGCUCGUCACCUGCACCUCCUAGCCUUCCCAGGUUUUCUAUGAGCUGUGGAUCCUUCAACCACUACCUCGGCUGAGAGAGGGAGACUUGGUAUCAGAGGGCAAAGCAGUAACACCCUCUGUGCCAAGACCUGCCCUCCGCUGUAAGCACACAUUAAAUAUUGACACUGUUUCUGCUCUUCCUGAAGCUCAGUAGCCUUCUCUGGUGUGAAGACUCCACACACAGCCCCUCUGCUUACCACUUGACCUCUGAGCGCACCAACAGCUCAUUUCCGUCACCGAGGCAGCUCUGGUUUUGACCGUGGAGUGUGUGUGAAGCUUUGGGGAAAGUUCUCACUGGAAGCUUCCAGGAUGUUGUCACCUCCAAGACUCUGACCCUGUUCCUCUGCUGCUUCCUGGGAAUAUGGGCCUCCUGCUUUUGUUCUCACUUACCUGGUGCUAAUUGGUUUCUCAGAGCACUUGUCUGUUUGUCCUUCUGUCUGUCACUACACCCUGAUUAGCUGGUUGGGGGUCGGUCACAGGUGGGCAGGGGUCUUCAGGGCAUGAGGUGGGAUAUCUCAGGGAUGUUUGUAACUCAGGCACCUUCUCUUUUCAGACAUUCCAUUGUGGGGAGUCGGGCAGUGCUGGGGGAGUGGGGAUCAGAGUCACAAGGCCACUGUUCUGAGCUAUGAGCUCAGAAGCAGCUAGUUGGGUCUGGCACCUCAGGAACUUGUACCCUGGUUAGAAUCUUCACAGGGUCCGUAAUGGAAACUGAACUUAAGUUUUUACAUGAAUAGACUCCGUUUCACUUUUGUGGCUUUGAAGUUUUAUAAGUCACUUGGUUAUUUCUUGUUUAUAGGAACCAAUCUUUAUGGAAAAGUAAGUUGUCUUUUAUUAAAUUUAUAGCAUUCACUACGUCUCCCAGGCAGCAAACACACAAGUUAUUUGAUUGGGGGAUUUCCAAGAUGGAAAUAUUUGGUUUUGAGUGAGUGUUUAUGUGAUCUUUCUAUAGCUUAAAAUAUAUUUAAAAUGAUUUUUGAGUUGAAUGUUUGUGACUACGUAGGGGUUCCGAAUUGCUGCUGAGCACUUUGGUUUUUGAGUCUAGAAAUUUUCAGAAGUCAAUCAAAGCAUCCUUGUUUCUGGCUUAUCUUACCAGGCACAUGGUCUGCUCUUAUCUAUUCUACACUGUACAAAUGUCUUGAAGACACACCCAGCUGCCUGACUCUGGGAGGGUUGGCUGGGGUUGGAGAGUUAGUUCAGCAGUUAAAAUACGUGUUGCACUGGGCAAUGGUGGAACACACCUUUAAUCCCAGCACUUGAGAGGCAGAGGUAGGUGGAUCUCAGUGAGUUUGAGGCCAGCCUGGUCUACAAAGCAAGUU